AAAAAAUAUUUUGACAGUGAUUGGAGCUUUCUUUCAUAGGUUUGACAGGUAGCUUCUUGCUUCUUGUCAAGUCAAUCGAUGGAUCAGUUUUGUAGGCCAGGAAUUUUGUAUUUUAAUAAUUAAAACAUAAACGGCACUGUCUUCAAUGUUUAAAUAACUGAAAAUUAUACUUAUAUACGGGCCACAAAGACUGUUUUAGUUUUAGUGAGAAAUUGAGAUUCAAUUACAAUGAUUAGAGCACUUCGUAGGUGGACUUAAUCUUUACCUCGAUCCAAAAUAUAAAUUGAAUCUAAUAAUUAUUUUACAAUGGGUGGUGGAGAUUUGAAUUCGAAAAAGUCAUGGCACCCAAAUACAAUGAAAAAUCAAGAACGUGUUUGGAAAGCAGAACAGGCUGCGGCUGAAGAGAAAAAGCGUAUGGUGGAGUUACAACGCGAGCGUGCAGAGGAGCGAGAUAGAGCUGAACUGAAAGGCCUCUUGAAAAAUAACAGCACUGCACCUAAUAAUGACGACCGCUUAUCAUGGAUGUAUGAUAAACCUGAUAAGAAAGUUGAUGAGGAAGCAUAUUUGCUUGGAAAGUCAAUUGAUAAGAAUGCUGAGCACUCAGAUAAGUUAGAACAAGAUGUGAUACCAGCAGUGUCUCGCCGAGUUGUUGGUUCUAGCAUGAUGACAACUGCUGGAGAUGCACAAGUAGAUAUGUCGCGGAAGAUUCGUGAAGAUCCCUUGCUCUUGAUAAAAGAACGUGAGCGAGCGGCUCGUGCAGCACUACUAAAUAAUCCUUUGCAGCGUCGCCGUUUAACUGAGUUACUCAGAAAGGAACAGGAAUCAAGAAAAGAAAGCAAAUCUAAAAAAACACAUAAAAAGAAAGACAAGAGCCUUGAUGAUCUUUUGGCUGCCAAACUUAAUGCAUUGGGUGGAAAAAAGGGAAUAGAUUUGGCAACUCUUUUAGAUUCUGAUGAUUCUUCUGAUUCAUCAUCAUCUUCAUCUUCAUCUUCAGAACAUAAGAAAAAGAAUAAAAAGAAGAAAAAGAAGGCAAAACAAAAAAAGAAGAAGAAGAAGAGAGAACGUAAAUAUUCUUCUGAUAGUGAGGACAGUGAGGAAGAUAAAUUGUCAAGGAAAAAGUCAAAGAAAGAUGCUCAUAGUAGUAAGAAGUCGUCUGAACGCCAAAGUGGAGGUGAGAAGGAAUACAGAAAAAGAAAGAGUUCUGAGCACUCAGAUAGUGAGCUUGUCUCUAAGAAAAGGAAAAAGGAGUAUUCAGGAAGGCGCGAACAGGAUGAUGACGAUAAGAAAUCACGCCACUACGAUACUAAAAGUUCCAGUCGAUCUGAAAGACGUCCAGAUUCCGUAGAUAGAGACAAACGUAGUAAAGAAGUUAGUCAUAGAGAUCAUAAGAAACGUGGUGGCAUGACAGAAGAAGAAAGAGCUGCAAGAUUAGCAGAAAUGGCGGCAGCAGGUGCAGAGCGGGAGAUCCAGCGCGGACGACGCGUGGCAGAGCAGCGUGCGGCCGACGUGGCGGACGAGCAGGCCACGCGGGGCCCGCGCUCCUCGCAGCGGGAGGCGCGCGCCCUGCCCACGUCGCUCGAGAGCCGUAUCCAUUCCAACAGGCAUUAUAUACAGCGUGACAAACGUCACAUGAAUGAACAUUUCGCGCGACGAUGACCUCUGUUUUGUAUAUUAAGGAAAAUAAACGUAAUAAUCACUUUAAAAUUGUAUUAAUUUUAAUGUAAUGUUAAUAAUAAUAUUAUAAUAAUA